UGCCGCGGACGCCGCAAUCGCGAAGGGGCAGACUGGAAAGCGCCGGUUGCAACAGUAGCUUACAAAAGGCGGACUCCUCCAUUAUCCUAGCGCCAGUAGUCGCCGUCGCCCGUCGGUGAGGAGGCGUCCGCAUCCGCAUUUGCUCGCCUGCGCCGGAAUUCUCGAGUUGUCUCGGGCCAGGUAUCCGCCUGCUGCUGCUCCUCUCCACUCUAUAUCGACCGAGCUUGUGUUGAAUCCAAUCAAUUCAAUUGAUGCUUGGGAGGAGGGCUUGAGUUCUCUUGUACAGACAUGGCCAGGUCCGGAGGGUUCACGUAUGCAGCAAUCCUCCUGCUUGUUCUGAACAUUUUCCAGGUGGAUGUUGUAAGGGGACAAAGCACUCACCCUAUUGAAGGGAGUUGUUCAAGAUGAACCUCUCUGGAACUUUGGCACCAGAGGUUGGUCUUCUGUCUCAGCUGAGAAAAUUGAAUUUUAUGUGGAACAAUUUGACUGGUAACAUCCCGAAAGAGAUAGGCAAUAUCACAACACUAAAUCUUAUGGCUUUGAAUGGUAAUCAACUAUCUGGUUCCCUACCAGAUGAGAUUGGCUAUCUCAAGAAGUUAAACAGAUUACAAGUCGACCAAAAUCAAAUAUCUGGACCCAUACCAACGUCGUUUGCUAAUUUAGAAAGCAUGAAGCAUCUUCACAUGAACAACAAUUCAUUAAGUGGGCAAAUUCCAUCUGAGUUGUCCAGAUUGUCUAAGCUCCUUCAUCUGCUUGUGGAUACCAAUAAUUUAUCUGGACCUCUUCCUCGAAACUUAGCAGGGAUGCUUAGUUUGAAAAUAUUUCAGGCUGAUAAUAAUAACUUCAGUGGAAGUUCCAUACCCGCUGCAUACAAUAACAUACGGACACUUUUAAAGCUGAGUCUCAGGAAUUGCAGUUUGCAAGGAGUUAUUCCUGAUCUAAGUGGCAUACCUGAACUUGGCUAUUUAGAUCUUAGCUGGAACCAACUGAGAGGAUCUAUAGCAGUUGAUAGACUCGCUUCAAAUAUCACCACGAUUAUUUUAUCGCAUAACUUUCUUAAUGGAACUAUUCCGGCAAACUUCUCUGGGCUGCCUAAUCUUCAGUUAUUGAACUUUGAAAGCAACUCCCUUGACACAAUUCCAGCUGCAUUUGAGCCUCCAAAAGCUGUCAUUGUACUGAUUUCUGGAAACCCCGUAUGUGACAAUCCAGCUCGAGCAAAGGGACUUUGUCAACCCAAAUCUGUAAAUGAAGCACCGUCUGGACAGGGACCACAAGUUAAUAUAGAUUGUGCUUCUUGCCCGACGGAUAAAAAUUAUGAAUACAAUCCAUUAUCCCCUAUACCUUGCAUUUGUCUUGUGCCUCUCGAAGUUGGAUUUCGGCUGAAGAGUCCGGGGAUCUCAGACUUCCACUCCUACAAAAAAGCCUUUGAGAUGGACUCAACCUCUCUAUUGGACCUGAGUCUUUACCAGCUAUAUAUUGAGCGGUACACAUGGGAGGCUGGUCCAAGGCUGAAUUUGCAUUUGAAGUUAUUCCCAAAUAACACUAAUUUAUUCACUAUGUCGGAAGUUAUGCGGCUCAGGCAAUUACUUGCUGGAUGGGAAAUUACUCUAUCAGACAUUUUUGGUCCAUAUGAUCUUCUCAAUUUCACGCUUGGUUCCUAUGCAGAUGAAUUUCCAACACUGGUAUCAUCAGGUUUAAAAAAGGGUGCACUAGCUGGGAUUUUGGCAGGAACAAUUAUUGCUGCUAUUGCAGUUUCUGUGGUUUCCACAUUUUUUAUAAUGAGAAGACGCUCAAAACAUCGAACAGUUUCGAGGCCAUCAUUACUAUUGAGGUUUUCUGUCAAGGUUGAUGUUGUGAGAUCCUUCACGUUUGAAGAAAUGGCUACAGCAACAAAUAAUUUCGAUGAUUCAGCUGAAAUUGGUGAGGGAGGUUAUGGAAAAGUCUAUAAAGGAAAUCUAGCUGAUGGAGCAACCGUUGCAAUCAAACGAGCACAUGAACAUUCUCUGCAAGGUUCAAAUGAAUUUUGCACAGAAAUAGAAUUGCUGUCAAGAUUGCAUCAUCGUAAUUUGGUAUCUCUGAUUGGAUAUUGUGAUGAAGAAGUCGAACAGAUGCUGGUGUAUGAAUUCAUGCCAAAUGGCACUCUACGUGAUCAUCUUUCUGCAACUUGUAAAAGACCUCUUAACUUUGUUCAGCGGUUGCAUAUUGCGUUGGGCGCUGCAAAGGGAAUCCUCUAUCUACACACCGAGGCAGAUCCUCCUAUAUUUCACCGUGAUGUUAAGACCACCAACAUUCUACUGGACUCCAAGUUCGUAGCGAAAGUGGCCGACUUUGGUCUUUCAAAGCUUGCUCCGAUCCCGGAUGUUGAAGGAACAUUGCCAGAACAUAUCUCCACUGUUGUUAAGGGCACUCCAGGCUAUCUUGAUCCAGAAUACUUCCUAACUAAUAAAUUGACAGAAAAAAGCGAUGUUUAUAGCUUUGGUGUUGUGCUGCUUGAACUAUUGACCGGGAUGAAGCCAAUCCAGUUCGGUAAAAACAUCGUUAGAGAGGUAAAGGCGGCUUACCAAUCAGGAGACGUUUCCGGAAUCGUCGACAGCCGAAUGUCGUGGUGCCCUCGAGAAUUCGCCACGAAGUUCCUCUCACUGGCCCUGAAGUGCUGCCAGGACGAGAGCGACGCGAGGCCUUACAUGGCCAACAUCGUCAGGGAACUCGACGACAUCCGUAGCGCUCUGCCUGAAGGAGAAGAUCUCCUGUCUGUGACCUCCAUGGAGACGGGCUCCUUGGCCACCCUAACUCAAUCUACAUCGAACUCCUUCAUAACGACCACCGGAGAGCAUUUCGACUCGUCCCAUGCCUCCGGCAGCGGGCUUAUGGACAACAGCGUCCCUUCCAGGAUGUCGGUGACUCCUCGUUAGUGCUGUCGCGCUCUUUGCAUUGUAAAUGGGUGUGGAGGACAGUUCCUGCCGGGCGAUUUCUUCUUAUGUACAUGUUGAAAUGGGUGUGUUGUUGUUGAUGAUGUGUGUGUGUGUGUUUGAUGAUCAGGGGUUUGACUAUCAUGGGAGGUGUAUUUGGCAGACACUGUUGGCGAGUGCAAAAUGAUGAAUGCUAACUGGGGUAAUUCUUUUCAGCUAAGGU